CACACAACCAAAGGGCUGCAAAGUGUUUGCUGGUGUUGUCUCGAGGUUCAUUCGGUAGAGAUAGCACCGCCUGGGCCCUGUCAAUCCUUCUUUUGUGCUUCCCUCCCUCCUUUUCUCCCUCUUUUUUCUAUUCUCCGGUUCUUCGUCUCUUUCGUCGCUCUCUUGGAUCUAAGCUUCCUCCUGGAUAUCCGUCAACCCCGCUACCAUUUCCCGGUUCAUCUUUCCCAAGACCACCACCAUGUUCAAGCGCUCGUUCCGAUCCCGCGAUGCGGGCAACUCUCAGAGGGAGCCUACCCAGAUAUCAACCAGUACAGAUUCGCAACAUCGGGUGGACAAGUCUGCAAGACUUAUGAAGAAAUCGAAACGGGAUCUCCAGAAGCUAUCGAACCUCAAGCAGCCGCUCGUGGGCGAAAACUCUUCGCGCACACAGCCACAGUCGACGCAAGCGAAGCCAGCCGAGAAGCCACUCGCCAUUACCCCCUCCCCCAUCAUCACCAUCACCGUGGGCGGCGAAGGGCGAUUGUUUGCUGCGCAUGAAGAUAUCCUGUGCCAGGCUCCUCUCUUCGAAAGAAUGCUUGCGCAAUCCAAGAGGAUUUUGCUCGAGGAUGAAGAGCCAGAGGUCUUCAGCGCCAUCCUCGAAUACCUCUACAAGGGCGACUACUACCCCCGUCUCCUACACAACCAGCAGCAGGACUCUUGGGAACUCGAGGACUCUCUUUCUAUCCCCGCCAAUCGGGCCGCGCCCCUUACACCCCCGACAGGCAACAACUCACCACAACUCGGAGGUGGCUACGCGGGUCAGUUCCCCAUCGAGCCGACCGUGUUUCUCUCCAGCCUGAACCAAUACUUGCUCCGCGACACGGUGGUCUACUGCGCCGCAGAGCGUUACGGGCUGGAGGAACUUAAGAGGCUGGCGCUGCGGAAGCAAGGGCUGCAGACUGGUAUCGACGUCGGCACCAUCCUUCGUAGCGCGCAGUAUUGCUACGCGCACACGCCCGACUCCGACAGUCGCCUGCGCGCCCAUUAUCUGGCACUCAUCAUCCGCUGCCGCAAGACCUUCAAGCGCAGCGGCACGAUGCAGGCCGAAAUGGAAAAGUGCGGCAGCAGCAGCGUGUAUGGACAUGGUAGUGGGAAACUCUUCUUCGACCUGUUCAUUGCCAUGUGUAAUCACCUCGACGACGUCAUUGACGCGAGCAAUGCGACGCGGACGCCCAAGACUAUCUAGAAGGAUGGUCCUACGCAUGGUGUACGAUUAGGUUUUCGGGUUUACUUCACCAGUCACGUUGUUUCACCAUCUCACGAUACCCAACGAUAAUUUUUGCCUUCAUUUAUUUUUGCCCGCAUGGCCUCUCAACUGACUGGAGUUCGGGAUCGAUAUUGAAUGACAACCUUUGAGGGAGGAUGCUUUGGUCAUUCCCUUGUGUCACAAACAACACUGGCUUAUAACAACAGACAAAAAUCGCAACUCAGACUGAUACCACAUCGGGGAGGCAUUAACUUGUUCUUUCUCCGACAUGCGUAUACGGCGCUCGCAACUCAAUCCUUCUUUUUUUCUUUUUGCCUAUCCCUCGGACAGAUAAUGCAUACACAACCUCAUGGACAAAUCCCCUGGUUGGGUGAUCAAACAGUGUCUCAAGGCCGUCUGGUUUGUAUAGUUUGCUUUUACAUGGGAGAGACUUGUUAGCUGUACGAGCAAGGGAUCACUCGCUCACUCAUAUUCGCGAAACGGUCGCUUUAAUUAGCAGACUAGCCAAGACAUCUUCGUGAUGAUGUAUAGUAAUGACUCUUAUCAUGAUGACACACACAGCUAGGGAAAAACAAUGGUAAUACUCAAUUCCAUAGCUGCGUUAGAGAGCUAGUAAGCCCUCUCCUCGCUUGAAGAACUACGUAAUGGAACCACCUCCCACAUAUAUUUCUGUCUCUGUUCGCCAAACGAAAAGUGACUGACAGUGACAUCCACUUUGGGUCAACCUCAACCGUCCUAUUCCUUAGCCCACUUGACCUCCCACCCCUUAACCUUCACCACCAACUCCUUCUCGUCCCCAUCCUUAACCUCCUUCUCCGGUCUCGCCGCCAUAGCCACCACCUCCAAAUCCCAC